AUAGUCGAGUCAGCGGCUACACGCCGUAGGCUAGUAUACAUAUACGCCGUAGGCUAGUAUACGUGACGAGCUGUGGCAGACACCACUAACACGGUUGAUGUCCAGGUCAUAUAAUAACCCGUAAAAAUAAAAAAAAAAACAUUCAAAUGACGGGACACAUCGAGACCAAGGAUGUUUUGGUUAUAGGAGCAGGAAUAAGCGGUUUGCGUGCGGCCACUAUACUGCAGGAGAAAUAUGGACUGGAUGUCAUUGUGUUGGAAGCAAGGGAUAGAGUUGGAGGACGGACCCAUACUUUGGAAGACCCCAGUUUUAAGUACUGUGACAUUGGUGGUGCAUAUAUUGGCAGUACUCAAACACGAGUCAACAGCCUUGUGGAAGAAUUGGGCCUGGAACUAUUCAAAGUGAAUGCAGAUGGAUAUGAUGUUGAACAUUAUUUAGGAAAGCGAGUUUUAAAGAAGGGUGCCCUAGCAUCUUGGGGAUCCUCAUUCCUUGGGUCCCUGGAUGCCAAUAACAUGUGGCAGCUCCUGGAUGAAAUGUGCCAUCAAGUGCCGCUGGAGGGCCCAUGGCUGGCUAACAAAGCAGAGGAGUGGGAUACUAUGACUUUGAAACAGUUUCUGGAUCAAACAUGCUGGACACAAUUUGCAAAGAAUGCAGCCACCGGAUAUUGCCAAGGAAUGUUAGGGUCUGAGCCUCACGACCUCUCUCUGCUCUUCUUCCUAUGGUAUCUAAGGGCUGGUGGUGGUACAGUCAGGAACAUGGAGUUCAAUGAUGGAGGAGCUCAGGAGUACAAAGUGCUAGGUGGUUCUCAAAGUAUUUGUGUGAAGAUGGCAGAAAAACUUGGGAGUGACAGAAUAAUUUUUAAUUCUGAUGUUAUACAUAUUGACCAGACAAGUGAUGUCACAACCAUAACAUGUGCCAAUGGUUUGAGCUAUAAGGCAAAAUAUGUCAUUGCUACUGUUCCGUCAUCCCUUUUGAACAGAAUAAGAUUCACGCCCAACCUUCCAGCCCUCAAGUUUCAGGGUGCACAAAGGACUCCUAUAGGUUCUGUCAUCAAAGUUAUUAUGUUUUAUGAAAAAGCAUUUUGGAGAGAAAAAGGUCUUUCUGGGUUUUUUAACUCUGAUAUUGGCCCUGUCGAGGAUGGUCUUGAUGAUACAAAGCCUGACGGCUCCCACCCUGCUAUUAUGGGUUUUGUUGCUGGUGACUGGGCAAGAAAGUUUACAACUUUUCCAGAAGAGGAAAGGAAGCGCUUAAUUUGUGAGCAAUAUCAGACAAUAUUUGACAGCCCCGAGGCUUUGAAGCCCAUCCGGUACUUUGAAAAAGACUGGAUGUCGGAUAAGUACGCGGGCGGCUGUUAUGUCGGUACCUUCCCUCCUGGUGUACUUACAAGAUACGGCAAAGUAAUGCGAGAUCCGUUUGGCCGAGUGCAUUUUGCAGGCACGCUGACCGCUUCCAUGUGGGUGGGAUAUAUGGACGGUGCUGUUGAGUCUGGAGAGCGGGUCGCGAUAGAGGUGGCUGAGAUGUUUGGUAAAGUUUCGGCGGUUGAGGUGGCUUGUAGAUCGCAUGAUUUACUGGCUAGCGAAUACCCCUUUAUGGAAUACAGCUUCACAGAGAAACACUUAAUGCCCUCGGUCCCAGGCUUCCUGGCAGGGAUGUCUGUGGUCGGUUUGGGAGGACUGGUACUAGCCGCCUAUGUGAUGCAUAUUAGGAAAUGAAGAUACACAGGAAGACCACACAGGGCCGCUUUCUCUGUUUUGGGAUGGUUGACUCGUACUAGAAUAUUUCACCUAUAUAUUUAGCUAGAAUGUUAUAGAAGAUCAGAAAAAAUUGAAUAUAUUAUUAUCAAGCAAUUUACAAUAUUUGUAUUCUUCCGAAAACAGUAUAUCCUCGUUUUCUCAUCAUCCAAAUUCACUAGAUCAUUCAAUUAUUCACUAACGCCUUUGUGUCCGUGUUACAAUCAUAAUUUAGAUUCUCUAUGAAUAAUGAAAAAUAUCAAAUAAGCUCGUCAUAUUGUCAAUAUUUUCUUAAAAAAGGAAACUCAGUCAUGGGUAUAGCUUUCAUAGAAACAAAGAGUUUACAGAGUUUAGGGCAUGUUGCGCGACCUAGAGGUGGUUUCGAAGAGAUCAUCCUCGGGGACCUAGGGCGUCGCGGAGAUCGGGCACACAGGGAGCGCGCGAGAAAGAAACAGGCUGAAAGACGUCUUUCAGUGCUCUUUCCAGCUCGCGCGCUCCGUGUUUUCCCGAUUUUCGCGACGCCCUCGGUCCCCGAGGAUGCGAGGAGAUUUGUAUUACCGUUUUACUCCUAGUAAUCUUUGUGGAUUCAGAAAAUAAAAGAAUAGCAAAAGGGGUAAAA